AUGCACCUACGUCCUGUAUGCAGUGGGAGUACUCCACCCAAACACAGGGCAGUACAUCCUCCCCUGACCUGUCCUGUCAAUGAAUUAAAUACAUGUUGCACGAGCGACCCGCAUACGCCCCUUCCAGAGGACCUCUCUGAUGUCAAAAGACAAGGGGUUGCGUUGUCCAGAAAAAUGGCAACCCCACUAUUACACCUUGCACUCAAAAUAUUAACAGUUGGAGUCAAAUGGGUCUAUUACGGCAGGCCGGGGAAACAGGUUUGCAUGCGACUACUCUACAUCUUUUGA